CAUCAUGGAGGACGUAAGAGAGAACUGAAACAAGCACUGAGGCAGGAGUGCCAGGGACAUGAUCCACAGGUACAGUGACUGCUUUUUCUUUUACCAAAAAUUUCAGAUCACAAUUCUUUCAUGAUUAAUAAGUAUCAUUCCCUAUUCUUUUAGAUAAUUGAGUCCCCAGGAAGGUGUAACUUGCUGAAUGGAUCUCCUCAUGCCUUCCAACAACGUGACUGAGUUUGUUCUCUUGGGAAUCACGCAGAAUCCACACUUGCAGAAAAUACUGUUUAUUGUCUUUUUGCUCAUUUUCUUAUUUACAGUGUUGGCCAAUCUGCUCAUGGUCAUCACCAUCUCCCUCAGCCCUGUACUUUCAGCUCCCAUGUACUUCUUUCUCCCCUACUUGUCCUGCAUUGAUGCCCUCUUCAGCUCUGUCACAACUCCUAAAAUGCUCAUUGACCUACUGUACCAGAGGGGAACCAUCUCCUGGGGUGGCUGCAUGACUCAGCUUUUUGUGGAACAUUUCCUAGGAGGAUCAGACAUCAUCAUCCUGGUUGUCAUGGCCUAUGACCACUACAUGGCCAUCUGCAAGCCUCUUCAGUACAUGACCAUCAUGCAACAGUGGCUCUGCCAGUUCCUGGUGGUGGUGGCCUGGCUUGGGGGGAUCCUACAUGCCACUGUGCAGUUUGUUUUUGCAUUUGACUUGACCUUCUGUGGUCCCAAUGUCAUUGACCACUUCAGGUGUGAUUUCUUCUCACUGUUGAAACUUGCCUGCAGCGACACCUACAGGCUUGGGGUGGUAGUGAGUGCUAACAGUGGGGGCAUGUGCUUACAUUUUUUCAUGCUACUCAUCUCCUACAUAGUCAUCCUGAGCUCCCUGAAAUCCCACGGCUCUGAAGGACGGCACAAGGCCCUCUCAACAUGUGGCUCCCAAUUUACAGUUAUGAUACUCUUUUUUGUCCCUUGUAUAUUCAUCUACGCACGUCCUGUGGCCACCUAUCCUGUGGACAAGUUGGUAACUAUGUUCUUUCCAAUCCUCACUCCUAUGUUAAAUGCUAUCAUUUACACAGUGAGAAACACUGAGGUGAAAAAUGCCAUGAGGAGUUUGUUGAAGAGGAGAGUAACUUAGGCUGUUCAUGAUGCUAAGGAACUCAUGAUUUAUAUA